UAGGCAGUCGACCACGCGUCUUCAGGUUUUCUAGAUCGCCGAGGUUCGACACCCUGGGUGCUCGGAGUAAUCCAACUCAGUGGAUUGUAUUGAGCGUCUUCUGUGACCACGGAUUUUGUGUCACAUUAUCGUGGUUUUAUCGGUAUAGUUUAGUGAAUAGAGUUUCUCACACCCAUUUUCGUGUUGUAUGGUUAUCUGUGUUGGCACACCCCCUAGUUAGCGAGUUAAAGACCCUGGAGUUAUCACCAUCUCACCGCGGGUCCAUCACAGUUUCAAGGAGUAUUUUAAAUAGUUUUCUGUAAUAAAAAGUGAAUCAAAAAUAAACUUGAAAAUAAUUGAGAUUUUUAAACGACGCAAAUGGGGCACCACCUGACUGAAUCCCUCGAAAUAACCUUGUCGUUGGUGAAAUAAAAACCUUGAAGUCAAUACUACUGCUGACCCAUCAGGAAAUCCUUCGCUUGAUCUUUAUUUCGAAACAAGUUUGGAACGGUUAAAAAACUCAACAAAACACUCCGUGCGAUUACGAUGUGUUCCUAGUAUAACUGAGUUUUUGAGGCACAUUGUAGUGGUGCUUGAAAAGGACGCUCUGACAUCCGUGACGCGAGUUUUAGAAUUCGAAAACAAAGCGCGCGCGACAAAAAAGUUUUCUGAACUUAUAAAUGAGCGUGCCUAGAUAAUCCUCUCCGUAGUCAGGCUUGAACUAUGCGGUUCAUUUGUGUUUGCUGUGUUUUACUGUGGUCCUCAGCAAGAGGAAUGGUAGUGCUGAACGGGACUUCGGUCGAGGCUUCAGGCAACUCUGAGAGGGCUGGGGUCGACUGGGAUCAAGGAUUGGAAACCAGAGAUAAAAGCCCACGUCGCUCAGGCAGCUUUUGCGGACUCGGAGGCUCCAAGAGGAAGAGAGCAAAGAAGUUUGAAACGAGGGGUAGAGACGGCUUCCUCCACGACGACGAAAAAACGUGCCUCAAAGGGAUGUGUUGCUGCUGCCUCGCCCAUUGGUGCAAUAAGAUUCCCUACAACGCUGCGGUACAUUCGGACCCGGAGGAUGAGUGGCUGCUUCUUCUCUCGUGUGAGUGUAAUUUUGAGGUGACGGCAUACCCACGAUCAUCGUCCGAAACAAUUUUGACAUCGACAUUUGAGGGCGAAACACAGACUUUAGGAUGGAGCUUACAAAAUAACUCAGAGAAGCCGACUACGACACCAGGAACCAUCACGGUGAAGGAAACCUCAAUGGAGUCCCCGACCUACCCUGAGGACCCAGACCCGGAAUACGCUUUAAAAACCAGAGCUACAAAACAAGGCUGCGGACCAUUCGGCAGAAAGAAGAGCCUGAAACAGGAACGACGGAAUUCUCAAUCGGAGACGGCUGAAGAAAUCAUACACCUCCCACCCCCUUUGCUGAGCAUCCGCAGGACUAACUCUGAGCUCGGAAAAUCACAGAAGGACGAGAAGGGGGUAGUUCGAACGGCGGACGGGCAGGAAAGAGUAAUACUAAGGUACAAAUCUAGAGGCAGUGGCGGCGGAUUUCUGAAGGAUGACGAGAAGGAUUUUCUCAGAUGUAUUUGCUGCUGUUGUUUAGCCGAAGUCUUAGACGACAUUCCACACAAACAAAUACCGGUCUACGGCAAGCCUAGGCAGCCUUGGCCUACCCCCGCACCCCAAUCCGCCCCUCCCCCCGUCCCCCGUUCCGCUCCCCGUAGCCCUUAA